UGUAAGGACUAUCAAGGAAACUACGUACAAGUGAAUUCAAGCCUUUUGGACGAGUCAAUUCAGAAUCUCUACAAUUUUAACUUGAACCCGCUUUGUUUAUGGGUCAACAGGACUGGAUUAGUGAAAGCAGACGAAUGUUCGGAUGAAAAAUAUUUCUUCUGCGAAUUCGAAAGACGUGAGUAUACAAAACAAAAGCGUUUUAAAGACGACAAAUUAUCAUUAUAAUAAUCAUUAUCUGACUCCGUAAAUCACACCCUAUUUCAAGGUCCUUGUAUUUCAGUUCGCGCCCAAGCUGCAAAGGUUAUUCUGUUUGUUGUUCUCAUGAACAAGCGUCCUACUUUCGCAAGAACCAGGGGCGUAGCCAGCCCAUAGACCUGGAGGACCAGGGCUACAGAUUUUUGGUUUGAUCACUCUACCGCUUGUAGUAGAUCAUCCGUUGUUGGGGUGAGCUAAAAAUUAAGAGGUCAAAGUGCUGGUGAGGUCGCACUAGUCGUGGGUGCAAUUUUCAGGAUAUGUGGAAAUAAGAGUCAGCCACGGAAGGCCUACAAAUAUUAGAAAAGCUUGCUACGCCCUUGAGAACGUGAAAUGUUUCGCCGCCAAACAUUCGAAGUUUGGCAUCCUUAAAGAGCUAAUAAAAGCAAACUGCCACGCCAAUUGAAAUGUGUUUUAUCAUCGAGUUCCACUUAUGACCAUUUCGGAAUAACAUUUUUUUGGAAUGGAUUUUAUUAUUGCAGUCAAAAUCGACUUUCAGAUCACGCAAAAGUUCAUUGAAAUUUUCUAUCGGGCAAAGUGUUUUACUUUAAAAAUUUCCAGCGGGAGGGCACCUUUUGGUUAGACUGAAUUUUUUACAGGCUUACAACGUGAUUGAUUCAUAGUUCUAUUAACUGAUUUUGAUUGUGAUUUUGCUUGUUUUUCCUUAGCGCCAGAUACACUUAAUUCUUCGAAAUUCCUUGCCAAUGAUUCUUGCUAUAAUUUUGAAACGUCUUCUCAUGAAUGUGAAGUUCUUGAUCGAAGGCUUGCGAGAAUCAACGACCUUAAGAGCCUUAAAGAAGUGGGAACUGCCCUCCAGGAACACUUUGAAUACUGGACUUCUUUACGGUAA